UUCAACAAACCAAGUAAUGAAGACGCUUAGCACUAGCAUAUUUGGUGUGCAAUAAUUAAAUCGGCGAUAAAUAAACGAAAAGAUCGUGCAAAAAUGUUACAGUACACAUUUACGGACGAAGUAACUGAGUUUAUUAUCGAGAGCGUCCAUGCCGAAGAAUACCUGUGGAACCCAGCGAAUCCGUUAUACAAAGUGAGGCCCAUGAAGAACGAUUUCUGGGUGAAGUUGACCGAGGACAUUAACACCAAAUACAAGCCAAAUACUCCAGUAACACAAGCUGAUGUGUGCAGGAAAUGGAACAACCUGAAAUCCUAUUACAAGUAUAUGUAUCAGAAAAGUGCAUUAGACGAUUGGAAGAAUAAGUCCAAGAUGGAUUUCCUUCUGCAGUUGAUUACUUCCAAACCUGGUCCAAAUAUCUCUACCCGGAGUAACAUUAGCGUAUGUAAAUUGGAGGUAUCGGACGAGAGUAGUUUUCAUACAGAAGACUCAUUGUACGCUAACGACAUUGAGAGCCCCCCCGUCGUAACCGAGUGGGAGAAGGAAGAGGAGGAAGCUCCCGCCGCAACAAAACCAGCUUCAACAAGUUUCCCUGAUACGACCUCUGCAGGAAAUGCUGAAUCGUCGCAAUCGGCAAAAAGAAUGCGUGCCUCCAAUGAUGCUGCGUUAAAUAUUACCGCAGUUAAUAGCAUAGCACCACCAGCUGCGGAAAGGAGCACGUCGGAGCCGAGCGAGUUGUUCCAUUAUGGUAACUUUAUCGUACAAAGCAUAACACGCUUGGAUCGGGAUCUCCAGAUAAAGGCAAAGAAACUAUUGACAAAUGUCGUGUUGGAUUUGGAGACGGAGCAAAUGUCAAGGGAUAUGGCCACGAAAUAGUCGCCUAUUUCCCCCAAUGUAAAUAAUAUAAUAUAAUUUUAAGUGUAUGUAAGGCAGUGAAACUUCCAGUUUUAAGCAAAAAGACAUUCUCCAAGUACUUAUUUUAAAAUAUGUUUGUCCUGUCACUAAUGCGUUUUAUACAAAGUAUGUAAAGUAAAAUGUAAAAGGACAACUGGCUUCAAGCAGCCACCAUA